CAUGAAGCAGGACGGCGACGCUGCCAAUGUCCCUGCGUGCUUCAUAUCAAACCAUGAAGGGUUUCUGGGAAGCAUCAAAAACUUUAUCAAAGACUUUGUGGUGACUGAGAUAGACAUCAGUGGACAGCGUGUUAACACAGCAGCUGCCACUCAGACAGCAGACAGGUCCUGCUCAGAUAAUAAAAACAAUGAAACAAUGAGUGCAGAAUGUAAGUGGAAUAAUCACUCCUCAGUCUCACAGGACUCUGAUGUUCCAGCUGAUUGUGGGCUGGAUGUCACCAUACCUAGUCCAGGCAGUUUUGAUUUAAGUGUGAUUUUAGGCCAGUCGGUCAGCGACGAGCUCGAGCAGUUUGUGUUGACUCUCAAAGAAAAGCCAAACAAGCAGGAGCUGUCUCUGGGAUCCUUCCCCGACAAACACCACAGAGCUAACGUCCACCGAGCAGUCAGACACCGCUUCCCCUUCCUCAUGACUGUCACCAUUCAGCCGGAGAUCAGGGUGAGGGAAGACCCGGACUACAGGGAGCUCUCCCAGCUGGUUACGGAGGACGAAGCAGAGGACUUCUUCAGGUUCAUAGAUGCCAAAGUGCGAGGAUCAUCCUAUACGUUUGGACCUGACGACGAUAAGGAUCACAGGACGACGGUCCAUCACUUCCUGAGCCGAAGGUUUGGGAAACUGGUGGAGACUAAAAGCUUCAGCGACCAGGGGACGACAGCGAUCUCAGUGAGGCUGAGGGAGCAGGGGAGGCCGAAGAAAAGAACGGCAGAGGAACGUAAAGAAGAGGAAGUUUACACUGCUUUCACUCUGCGUAAGGAGAACCUGGAGACUCUGGAGGCCAUCAGCUACAUGGCAGCUGCUCUCGGAGUCCUACCCUCAGACUUCACCUAUGCUGGGAUCAAGGACAAGAGAGCCAUCACCUACCAGUCCAUGGUGGUGAAGAAGGUCUCAACUCAGCGGUUGAAAGAGAAGACAGCAGAGUUUGAGAAGAGAGGGAUGCGUCUGUCUCAGAUCCGCUCCGUCAGCGAGCCUCUCAGACUGGGACGACUGCAGGGGAACCACUUCGACCUGGUGGUCCGGGACCUGAGACCACACGGGGCCAGCGACGCACACGCGUCUCAUGCAGAGACACACAUUCGCCUGGCAGCGCUGGUGAAGGAAGCAGUGGAGAACGUCAAGGCCAGAGGUUUUGUCAACUAUUACGGACCACAGAGGUUUGGGAGCGCCCAAAGUGUUCAGUCUGACUGUGUGGGGCUGGCUUUACUCAAAGAAGACAUGGUGAGCGCUGUGCGUCUCUUCUUCACUCCAGACGACAGCAACGAUCCUCAGAGCCACGCCAAGAGACACUUCCUCCAAACAGAUAAUGCUAAGGAGUGUUUGGCGUUAAUGCCGUUGUCGAAGGCCAGGGAGCGUCUGAUGCUUCGGGCCCUGAACCGCUACGGGACCGGUCCAGACGGUUGUACCCAGGCCUGGCUCAGCCUGCCCCACAGCAUGAGAGUCUUCUACCCACACGCCUACUGCAGCAGGGUAUGGAACGAGGCCGUGGCUCACAGGUUGACUACUCUGGGCCACAGUGCCAGAUGGGGGGACCUGGUGUGGAUGCAGGAGGACAUUGGAGAGGCCGGCCCGCCUCAGAUCCACGUGGUGACGGAGCAAGAGGAGCAAGAAGGAGUGUACACACUGGCACAUGUGUUACUGCCCAUGCCAGGAAACACUGUAAAGUACCCAGAAAACACCAUGGGGACUUGGUUCCAGGAGAGACUGGCCAGAGACGGACUGGGCGACUGUCGCUUCAGAGUCAGCAACCUCAAGCUAAAUCUUCCUGGCUGCUACCGCCCCCUGCUGGCCAUGCCACGUAACGUCAGCUACCAGCUGCAGAGAGCAGCCUGUGGGGAGGCAGGAAGAGGAGAGGUGACAGGGAACAGCAGUAGACAUAGUGACCGGCAGCUAAAUGGCACAACAGAAGAAGGAAAGCAGGACGCACUCACCCUCACGUUAAACUUGGACCUGGACUCGUCCUGCUACGCUACAAUUUGCCUCAGAGAGACCAUGAAGUGUGACCCCUAGAGGUCAAAGGACAUUAUUCCUGCUGUAUUUCUACAUACUUUGCAGAAGAAAAGGAGUUUUUUUUGUUUGUUUUUUUUGUUUUGUAACCCAUCAUUGUUAUACAUUAUUAGUAGCCUUUUGGUUUGUUGUCGAAGUAAUGAGCAUAACACUGUGUUUAUACAGUCAAUAGAAAUAAUGCCUAAAGUACAAUUGAUAAAUGAACAAAUCUAAAUGUAAAACAGUGUUAACUGUGUCUGUGUUGUGUGCCAUGAAUAAAACUUUUUGAAAUCUU